GCAUCUUAUAUAACUAUAUAUAGAACCAAUGUUCCACUAUAUCAUGUAUCCAUACACCAAAAGCUCUAAAGACAUUUGUACUUCACAAUGGAGGCAUCACUUGCUUUCUUGUUUCUCCUUUCGUUUGUUAUGAGUGCUACAAACAUUGAUGCUAGACCACACCCUCAAGAUUAUUGGCAUGACUCAUUUGUUCAAAAGGGUUCCUCGGUGUCACCUCAACCCAUAGAGAAAAGCCAUUGCCACACGUUAUCAAAGGCUCUUAACCACAUAUCGCCAGUCCCAAAUGACAACAACAACGAUUUUGAACCAAGACCAAACAUCUCAGUUUAUGAUAAUGAUACAGAUUUAAAAGGUAAAAAGAACGUUGAUGAAGAGUUUGAGCCAAGGCCAAACAUAUCUGUUUAUGAUAAUGAUACAGAUUUAAAAGGUAAAAAGAACGUUGAUGAAGAGUUUGAGCCAAGGCCAAACAUCUCAGUUUAUGAUAAUGAUACAGAUUUAAAAGGUAAAAAGAAUGUUGAUGAAGAGUUUGAACCAAGACCAAACAUCUCAGUUUAUGAUAAUGAUACAGAUUUAAAAGGUAAAAAGAACGUUGGUGAAGAGUUUGAGCCAAGGCCAAACAUUUCGGUUUACGAUACCGAUACAAAUCUAAAAGGACAAAGGAACGUUGAUGAAGAGUUUGAGCCAAGACCAAACAUAUCUGUUUAUGAUAAUGAUACAAGCCUAAAAGGCAAAGUAACACUCAGUAAAGAAUUUGAACCGAGGCCAAACAUAUCAGUUUAUGAGGGUUAACUACGGUUUCAUCGUCAAAGUUAAGUUCAUCGAUGUUUUAUAAUGUGUUAUAGACAGUGUGUGUGUUUUAUUUGAAGCAAAAAUAAGUGGCUUAGAUGUCUUGGAAUCUCGCAUUUGAGUAUGGUGAUGAGGGUUGUUUUGUAAAAAUUGCUUUGAUUCUGUUAGCUUCUUUUGUUUGUAUGAAAUGCAUGGUUCAUGUUUUUAAUCAUGGUUUUUAUUUUUA